AUGCGGCGCCGAGGGGCGGCGGGGGCCGGGGGCCGCCUCCUCCUGCUGCUCCUGCCGCGGGGGGCUCUGCUGCUGCUCGGUGUCUGCAAUGCUCUUUCCCUGGAAAUUAAAGCCAGCCCCAAAGUCCGAGCUUUUGUGGGUGAGCAAGUGCUGCUGAAAUGCUCCUUCAAAUCCAGCUCCCCCAUCACGGAGAACCUGCUGGUGGACUGGACCUACCGACCCCUCACUGGGGGCCCGAUGGAGAGAGUUUUUCAUUACCAGUCCAUCCCAUACCCCACAGCAGCGGGGAGGUUCAAAGACAGGAUAUCCUGGGCUGGGAAUGUUGCUAACGGCGAUGCUUCCAUCGCUGUCCAAAGUCCGGAGCUCAGCGACAACGGCACUUUCAUCUGCAGCGUGAAGAACCCUCCAGACGUUUAUCACAACCUUCCCCAGACCGUGCUGCUGGUCACAGAGCGGGGCCUGGCCUUCCAGCUGAGCUCAGCAGCUCUGUUGUCCAUCCUGGUGUUCGCCCCUUCCAUCCUCGUGGUCGUUCUGCUGCUGGUGAGGAUGGGGAGGAAAUUCCGGGCGGUGAAGGAGAAAGGAAAGUGUGGCUACAAGAAAUCCUCCAUCGAGGUGUCUGAUGAGCCUGAGCACACAGAGAGCGCUGGCUGCGGGGGGAAAAUCAAGGAGUGGUGCCUGAAGUGUGUGGACACGGAUGAGGAAGAUCCAUACUGAUGAAGACUGAAGCUGUGGGAAAGGACUCAAAUGACAAAGAACCAUGGUUAGAUCCUUCCAGAAGCUGCUGGGAAACCAGAGCAGACUGAAGGACAUGCCCUGCCCUCGCUGGAUUGGAAGAAUAAUGCUGCUGGGAUAACUCACUUCUAUUUAAGCACAAAAUAACGAUUUUCUAAAAAUCUUCCUCACUUAUUGGGGAAAAGAAAAUCUCUUGCCCUCAGAUCUGUGGGGUCUCCAGAAGCCUCAGUGCCUGCAGUGCCAAUGUGCCUUUGUUUUCCUGUAAAUUGCUUUUAUCUUUUGGUGACAUCCCUCUUUUCCUGAGCCCUGGAAACCCAACUUUUUGAAGGAAAGGCUGCUCCAGCUCUCUGGGCACUGACAAGGUUUAUUCUCAGGUUUUUUGGAACAUACUGACUCACACCAGUUUGAUGAAGAGAUAUCUGCAUCCUCUGUCUUGGAGUGAAGAGAACCUACUGCUUUUGAAGUAUUUUUAAUUCAGCUGCAUCACUGGGUACCUCUCCUGCUGCUUGUGGAAGUGAAGCCCAAUUCAUAGAAAACUU